GGCAAAAUGCUGCGUUUUGUUCCUCUGUUCCUGGCGUGUAUUUCGCUGCCUGGCUUUCAAGCCACAGAGUUUACAAAAUGUGAGGUGUCCCACGCCAUUGAAGACAUGGAUGGCUAUCAAGGCAUCAGCUUGCUUGAAUGGACCUGUGUUUUAUUCCACACCAGUGGCUAUGACUCACAAGCUAUCGUCAAGAACAAUGGCAGCACAGAGUACGGACUCUUCCAGAUCAGUAACAGAAAUUGGUGCAAGAGUAGCGAGUUCCCCGAGUCAGAGAACAUCUGUGACAUUUCCUGUGACAAGUUCCUGGAUGAUGAGCUUGCGGAUGACAUAGUAUGUGCCAAGAAGAUCGUGGCUAUCAAAGGGAUCGACUACUGGAAGGCUUACAAGCCCAUGUGCUCUGAGAAGCUGGAACAGUGGCGCUGUGAGAAGCCGGGAGCUCCUGCCCUUGUUGUCCCUGCCCUGAAUUCAGAAACGCCUGUUCCCUAAGGCUACCUCAGUUUGGCUCUGUCUAUCGUGAAGAUGAUCUGUCUCUGAGCCUUGUAUCCUGUAGUGACACCAUCGGACUCUAAAGGACUCUAAAGGAGUGUGACUGGCGCACUGGACUGCAAACCCUUGCUUAGUGACGGCGAUGGUGGUUUUACUAAUGCAAGAGAACCCUCUUCUGUCCCAAAUAAAGGGCCCAAUUUGAUGUC